UAUAAAAUAACGUGCACCAAAUAAAAUUAAACCAGUGUUUAAAAAUUCUCAAACAUCGCCAGUUUCCGAAUUAUUUGUGUAAUUCUGAUGAGAUACAGAUUUUUAAAAAAUUCAAAAUGAAGUUAUCGUGUUUUUUACUGUUACUUUUUAUAGAAAUUUAUCAUACUAAACAUAUUUCUUCCACUGGAAACGCUAUAAGUAUAUCAUUGGAAAGGAAACCGUUAACAUGGGAAAAGUUAGCUUCAGCUGUGAAAGAGACGGUAGCAUUCCACACAGAAGAGAUGAUCGAUGAAUGGGGUAUUCCACUUCAAAACGAACGAGGGGGUGUGGGGUAUCUCGCUCAAGUUUCAAUCGGAACACCACCUCAAGAAUUUGCAAUGGAUUUGGAUACAGGUUCGCCGCAGUUAUGGGUAGUUUCAAAACGCUGCAACUCGUACAAUUGCGUACAAAAUACACAUCACUUUUACUACCAUGAAAACUCGACAUCAUACAAACCUCCAUCAAAACCCAAAUGCUGGUAUUUCAUACGAUAUGGAAAGGGGGAAGUACAAGGAAAUUGUUCAAUUGAUACGGUUUCAAUUGGUGGUGUUGCACUGAACAACACAGAAUUUCUAGAAGUCACCUAUAUUUCCCAAGACUAUCCAGAAGGUACAAAUGAAGGUCUCCUUGGAUUAGUUUACGACUCCAUUAAUCAAUCGGACAUCAUAUCACAAAUAUGCAGAGUAAAGAAACAAGACAGUAAAUUUUCCUUCUAUUUCAACAAGAAUAUUUCUGACACAUAUGGUGGUGAAUUAACAUUAUGCGGAAUAGAUGAAUCCAAGUUUAAUGGCCCAUUGCAUUAUGUCAAUGAGACACAACCAUUUGGUCAAUGGAUAAUUCCAUUUAAUGGCAUUUCAUUGCCAAAUGGUAAAAAUCUACUAGGAGAUCUAAAUUCAGAGAAUGCUCUUAUUGACACUGGUACAUCCGUCAUUGGAGGGCCAAGCAAGUACAUUGAUGCUAUUACUGAAGCUGCUAAUGCAACUUUGACUCGCGGUGCACGACUGGUCAACUGCAGUACCAUUGAUAAAUUACCAACCAUAACAAUCACAAUUGAAAAGAGAGAAUACACGUUCAAAGGAGAAGACUACAUAUACAAGCUUAACCUUAAUGAUGGAUCUGAAACUAAAUGUUUGCUCACAUUUAGUCCGAUACGAGGCAAUAAAAGGUAUUCAUGGAUUUUUGGCGAUAGUUUCCUGCGAAAGUAUUACUCCGUAUUUGACUUGAAAAAUCACAGAAUUGGAUUCGCUGAAAGUAUACAUUCACCUAAGGCAAAUUGAGCAAUCACACAAAUUAAAGACCAAUGUGGAUACCAAUAAGUAUAUGGUCUGUACAACUAUAACUUCAGAUCAGACUUACUUUUGUACAGAUCACUUUUUUUCACAACUCCCAAUUUCUUCUACAAAUAAGUAUGUAUGUACCUAAUAUUGAAACUUUUGUUUUGUAUAAGUAGGUAUGCUGAGAAUUCUAAUUUUUAUUAGGCAUCACUAUCAAUUUCUAAUAAUAUAGUUUGUUUAAAUAUUUUUGAAUGGGCUCAACUUGCAAGUUGAGCUAAAUCUUUCUCUGUUAUUAACAGAUUUUUUACCUGUUGAACGAAUAAUAUAUCCUUAAGAUUUUAAGGUGUUUUGGGCAAAUUAUUAAGGAAAUCCUUCUUUUUAUUUUAUAAGUAACAUAAUUUAUAGAAAUAAGUUAUUUUUGCACUCUGUUACAAAUAUAGCUACAUAUUUUUUCAUAACUUCAUGAAUUUGGAGCACUUUUGGUAUGCUUAAGGGAAUCUUUUUUCAUUUUAAAACAUUUAACUACCUAUGUAAUACUUCCACUCUUUUAAAAAAGUAGUACUCAGUGACAAACAUUGGAUUAACCACAGAGUUCUUUCUCGUACCUGGGCAGUCGAUCUCCAAAAUAUUUAAUAGGUAUCGAGAUGGUGAAAAUAUGUGUCAUAAUUCAUAAAUGUAUAGAAAUUUAUUUAUCUGAAUUUUUUGUUUUAAAUAGGUAAUCCUUUUCUUGGCAAUUGGCUUUGUAGUUUUUUUCAACACUGGUUAUAAAUCCAUCAUCAAACAUAAUGAAAUUAUUACCAACUAUAAUAAAACAAUAUGUACUAUGUAGUAAAUAUUUUUCGAUGAUUGAUUUGAAUAAAAAUGAUACUUCCACAUCCACAUUCUUAAAAACCAAUAGGCUCAUUAUUUUACGCAUCAACAAAACCUUCACCACCAUGCUGAGAGGUGAUCCUCAAGUAAAAACCUUUGUGCCAUUUUCUAAUAUACCUUAGCCACACUCUCUCCUUGGGCGUACUAUUUCAUUGGAGUAUACCUACACAAUUAACAACUUAAUGAUUGUGGUGCCCAUGGCAUCUGCAAAUUAAGUGAUUAUGGAAGACAAAAGUGUCAUUAUGAUUUCUUUCUCGAAAUUCAUGUGGUGUGUCGAAACUUAUUUUUUUGGACCGUUCACAGACAAGAACCCUUCCAGAUUAACCCUUCUAGAUUAAGUAAAUGGAGUAAGAAAUUUUUAUUUUUUAGUGAUUAACAUUAAGAAAAUAUUUAUUUCACUGGCUGAAUGUUGUAUUAGGAGAGACUGGGAUUGUUUGAAAACUUUUUAUUUUUAAUUAAAUUAGUAUGGUAGCCUUUGUUGGAUCAAAGUUUUGGGCACAUUUUGACUAUAAAUCAUCUUUCAAAAAAUAAUAUUUUCACUAUGAAAAAUUAAUUUGUCUAAAAUGGUCAUUUUUGUCAAACUAUCAAAAUUUCAGGGAUAGUUUGGACAGGUGGCAACUUACUUUUUGACCCCUAAAUGAAUAUUUUUCAAAACAAUGAAUGGAACAGUUCAAAGUAUGUACUUGACUUUAGCUACAUUUUGGUCAUAAGAUAGGUACAUUUUUCUGAAGCUGAAAAAAAUACAUAUCUACAUAAUAUAUACACCAUAUGUAUAGGUAAUGUGUUUCUAUGUCAUUUGAUUUUUGUGAUUUUUUGUAUACUUAUAAUUAUUGAGUUUUAUAGUAGGUAAAUUAUUGCAAGUAUAAUUUGUUAAUGAAUUGAACUGAUGAGUCUCCUUUGUCAUUCAAAAUCACUUACCCUCUACUUUUGCAAAUUUGAGGAAACACUGAGAAAGGAUUUUGUAGUAUUAUAUCAAUUUGUAAUUCAUUUUUCAGUUGUAGAAUAUCACUGCAUUGGAGAAAAGUGUUGGCGGAUGUAGGUACACACAAGUCUACUCACCCACCCACAAAAAGCCAACAAAUGUACCUGAUGGAUAAGUAAUUUGUAUGUAGCAAUGCUUCACUGCCAGGUUUUCUAUUCUGUAUCUAAGGACUUUAGGUGUUUUGCUCAUGCUUUCAUGUAGGUAUAUUUUAUAUUGUGUUUAUUCAAUGUUAUACUUCAUUGAGAAUAUAUUUUGAUUUAUUAUGUGGUUAA